CCACGUGAUCUCGCGUCACAUUUGUCUCUGCCUGUUAGCGGUGUAGCUGGAAGAAGAAAAAAAAAAAAACAGUUGCUUCUUUUAUAACUUUUUCUAUUUGAAUAAAGCGACAAACAUGGAGAUCGGCACAGAGAUCAGCAAGAAGAUAAGAGCUGCUAUCAAGGGCAAGCUUCAAGAGCUCGGUGCAUAUAUCGAUGAAGAGCUUCCUGACUAUAUCAUGGUGAUGGUGGCAAACAAGAAAACCUCCCAACAGAUGGCUGAUGAUCUGUCCCUUUUCCUCGGAAACAACACUAUUAAAUUCACAGCCUGGCUACAGGGUGUCCUGGAGAAGUUAAGAUCUGUUGCAGUCGAGCCUGCGUCCCUCAAACAUCAGCUCCCGUCUGACAGUGCCGCUGUGACCGCGAAGAGCCGAUCAUCUGUAAGUGAAGACAGUAGACCAGAGGAGGCGAAGGUGCUGGCGGUGUCGAGCUCCCGCUCUGACAGGACUGAGGCACGCGUGUCCAGUUCCGCUCAUGAAAGCAGAAGAGGCUCCUUGGAGAAGAGUUCUUCUCGACUCACCUCCACUGUUAAGCCCCUCAUAGAGCUGCUCCCCUCAGAGGCUGUUAUUGACAUCAAACCGGAGAUGGAUGACGACCUCAUUGCUGAGGACCUUGUGGAAUUGGGCCCCAACCACGGUCGAACACGCGGUGCAGCGAGUAGACCCACGGCUGAAAUCUACAGACCGGGUCAGAGCAGGUUUACAUCAGUAAGCUCUGUGGAGACGUGUCGAUCCACAGAAGGAUCCUCUCACAGCAGGCAGCAGGACGGCAGAGGCAGCAGAACCUCCAGAACCGGAUCCAGUAAGCAGGAAGAGUUGUCACGGAAGCGUAAGGCGCCAGUAGCGAGUUCAGUGGUCCGAGUGAACCGAGCAGCAGAAGAGGACAGCGAUGACGUGGAGGAGGAGGACACAGGCUACGGAGGCAGAGGCCUGUCCAGUAGAGUGUCCCUACCCUCUAAACCAGAGCGCAAACCUACUCUCCCUCCAGGCAAGCAAGCCAACAGGAAUCUGAUACUGAAGGCCAUCUCUGAGGCUCAGGACUCAAUCACCAAAACCACAGCCUACCCCACAAUACCACAGAGACAGACUGUUCCCGUGGCACCCCGUACUCGCUUGGCCAGCAGUGAAGAGAUGACUGCGGCCAUCCAGCUGGUCCAGGAGCACCUCCACAGCCUGACCCCCAGGGUUCAGGCCUACACCUCCACAGAGCUACCUCCCUCCAGAACACCCGCUCCAGUGAGAUCUCUAGCUUCACGCCUCCAGUUGGAAUUACCAGAGAGCAAUGAUGGAGGAGAGCAGAGUGACUAUGGCGUUGAGGUUGCCACAGGCAGUGAAGCAAAGACCUUUGACACCCGUUCCUUCAUAGUGAGUCGACCGCAACUACAAGAAGCCCAAGCCAGAAGCCAGCAGCGUCUUCAGUCUUUAAGCAAAGAGGAUGUCCUGUCUGCAUUGCCACGCACUGUCCAGGCCAGUAAGGAGAGGGGCGACUCUGCCAGCCCCAAGUUCAUAGUGACAUUAGACGGGGUACCGAGCCCGCUGGGAAAUAUUGCAGACUGUGAGAUGGAGCUGGACGACGUGAGACCGCCCACAAAGGUGACGGAGGCGACCGCCCACGUCAACAGGGAGCCCAAAGUCAGCAUCCUUCACAGACUACAGGGAGGAGUCCCAUCAUCAGAAGCUGACGUGAUGGACAUUGAGAUGGCGGAGGACGAUGCCGUCCCUUUAAAGAAACAGAAGGUGUUGGAGCGCUGCAAGUUCUGGCCGGUCUGUAAAAGUGGAGAUGAGUGUGUGUACCAUCACCCUACAACACAGUGCAAGACUUUUCCCAGCUGCAAGUUUGGGGAUAAAUGCCUUUUUGUUCAUCCUAAUUGUAAAUACGACGCCAGGUGUACCAAGCCAGAGUGCCCCUUCACUCAUGUCAGCCGCAGAAGCACAGUUGCUCCCCCGCCCAGGCCAGCCAUGCAGCCAGUGCAAACCACCAGUGUGUGUCGCUUCUUCCCAGACUGCAAGAAGAUGGACUGUCCGUUUUAUCAUCCUAAGCCUUGUCGCUUCGCGGCGCAGUGUAAACGAUCCGGAUGUACCUUCUACCACCCGACCACAUCUGUGCCUCCGAGACACGCCCUGAAGUGGACAAAAACACAGAGCAGCUAAUAAAGUCCUGGGAUUCUGCCAGAAGUCUGAUGACGGUUAACAUGUUAACAUGUGGAGCUAUGGAAGAUGUUCUCUGUCUGUGUUGAUGGAUUUUCAUUCAGAUUUCACUGUUGUUUCAUUUUAUUUUAACGUAUCGUUUAGACAGAUUUUUAAGAGAAGUGUUUUGUAAGACGAACUGUCAGAUUUUCGCUGAUGCUCUCAGAAUAUUAAAAAUACUCCACAGUGAACUUUA